GGAAGAAAGGAGGAAGAGAAAGAGGGAUUGGAUCUGAUCAGGAAGAGAAAGAGAGAAAGAGAGAAGAAGAAGAAGAAGAUGGGAGGAGGAAUGGAAGCAAACAAGAACAAAUUCAUAGAGGAUUGGGGCACUGCCAGAGAGAAUCUGGAAUUGAAUUUCCGUUGGACUCGCCGCAAUCUCGCCCUUGUUGGCAUCUUCGGCAUCGCCAUUCCCGUCCUUGUCUACAAGGGCAUUGUCCGUGAAUUCCAUAUGCAAGAUGAAGAUAAUGGUAGGCCGUACAGGAAGUUCAUGUGAGAGUGUGGAGGUUGGUUUUUGUAAUAAUUGGGGGUUAUAAAAGUUAGACCUUGAUACGAGGCUACAGACAUGUGUUUUCUUCUUAAUUGGCAAAGGCUUGCCUCCUUAAGUACGGUAAACCUAUUAAACCUCUCCAUGUUCGGUGGUUCUCAUUUGAAAUUUCUGUUAUGCUGUUAACUCGUUACCAUGCUUCACAAUUUAUAAUAUCAUGAACAUACCUCAAA